AUGGCAGGAUGUGGUGGUCUGUUACAACAUUCUUUGUCGAUGGAAUUUGCUCUCCACAGUAUUCUUCAUUCGAUUAAUGGCUCUAUCGAAUCGAAGAUUGCUCAAACAUCUCAUUCCACCGUUUAUUGUGUUAAAUCAGGCCUCUAUAAACGCUUAGUUGCUAUUAAAAUAAUCAAUGUAAACGCAUUACCAAAAUCGAUUGCUACAAAAUUUUUACCUCGCGAAUUAUUAUUUACCAAAAUGGUUCGACAUCCACAUAUUGCCCGUGCAUUAUCAAUUCAAAUACCUCAUCCAACUAAAAUUGCUAUUAUUAGUGAAUAUUAUCCUGGUGGAACUCUACUGCAUCUAAUCAUCCAACGCAAAAGAAUUCCUGAAUUUCCACAAGCUUGUCGUCUAUUUCGUCAACUAACUGAAGCGAUUCAUUAUCUUCAUGAUCGUGGUAUUGUACAUCGUGAUAUUAAAGCUGAAAAUGUACUUUUGGAUUCAAACGGCGAUGUAAAACUUACCGAUUUUGGUUUUGCUCGUUAUAUUAACCAAAAUGAGUUGUCACAAUCUUUUUGUGGCACUAAACCAUAUUCUUCGCCAGAAAUUGUUCAACAUCUUCCAUAUAACGCAUAUGCUAGUGAUUGGUAUGCUAUGGGUGUAUUACUUUAUACAAUGCUUAUCGGAAAAUGGCCAUGUGAUCCAUAUGAAAAAGAUAAAAAGACAUCAGAUGGUAUGAUAUUUUCUGAAGGUAUUCUAUCACCUGCUGCACGUACUCUGAUAAUGUGUCUAAUGAAUGAAGAUUAUCGUUUCCGUGGUACUUAUGAUACAAUCCUGAAUAGUGAAUGGAUGAAAUCCUAUAAUAAAUGGCUGAUAGCUGGUCAGAAUUUCAUUUAUGAAGUAAUAUGGGCUAAUUAA